GAAACACUGAUCUAGAGGAUUGCACUGUUAUUUUUGACACGUUAGGGUGCAGCCAGACACUGGAUCUCAACAGAUGUUGCAGCCAAUCCUGCUACUGAAUUUAUAUCUGCAAAUGCAUAUUUCUUGUAUUAAUUGGAGAUUUUUUUCUCACUGGGUUAAAUGAGAGUUCCACAGAAGCAUCGUUACCGCUGCUUGGAAAAUUUCUGAAGGUGGCAUGUGAAUUUUAAAGUACUCCCCCUUUGUUCAGAAGGGGUGAACUUCAUGCCUUAAAAAGAAUUUUUAUCCUCCGGUAAGGCAAACCCUGCAAAGUGUGGAUACGAGCCCUUUUAAGACUUGUUGAAGUUUUACAACUCUAUCUAAAAGCAAACCCAACUUGAAUUCGCUGAGUUGCAACAUGAGGAACCAAAGGUUAACUAUGGAAUUCACUUGUGGGGUGUAGAUUUUUUAGCAGUUCAUUAUCCAUUAGCCCAAAACAAAUUAAAAUUAUAGAGAAAGCGCAUGUCACCUGAUACAUUUUCCUCUCGGACAUAGAUUUUGGAUCUUGUUUGAAGGAGAGGUUAUGUAAACCUCUUUCUCUCUCUGAAGGCUGUGUAUCGUGUACUUUAAAAGAAUCCACAAUUGUCUUACCCAAAGAGAAUAUCCAGAUGGCACAAUUACAAAUAAUUGUGCAAAGCAUCUAACUCAGUUUCACACCAGGAAGGCUCAGCCAUAUGCAGCCUCAGGAGCCCUCCCGAAAAUAUUAAAUCCAUGGCUGGGGAAUCAUUAUAUUAACUGCAUGCAGCUCAUUUAAUUUUAACGGUAAAUGGAAGGGCCGGUUGGGCUGAUCUCGAAAAAAGCUAAGCAGGGUCAGAUCUGGUUAGAACUUGGAUAGGAGACCCCUGGAGACCCUAAGACGAAUAGGCUAGAUCUGGGACAUUGAGGCUUCAGUUGGUUUACUGCAGAAUUGCUCUUUCCUACCAGCCCAGAAUUCUGGGCCUUGUGGUCAUUUUUUUUUCCAAUGGGUGGGUGGGGGGAAUUCCCUUCUCUGUACUCUCAAUUUCAUUAGUGCUCCUUAAGCCCAGUCUGUUUUUGCAGCAGACCCCAUUUUAUUUAUUUAUUUAAUUUGUAUUUCAAAUUUGUCACCGCCCAUCUCACUGCUGAGUGACAGUGGAUGGAUGGCUCCUGAAACUUCAGUUAAUUUUUUGUACUUCCCACACUGACAGUUUAUCGCAGUAUUUCUCAACCUUGGGAACUUGAAGAUGUGUGGACUUCAACUCCCAGAAUUCCCUGGCCAGUCGUGUUGAAGUCUACACAUCUUUAAGUUCCCAAGGUUGAGAAGCACUUGUUUAUUGCCUACUGAAAAUGAGCAACCCACUUCUUCCAGCAAUUGCCUUGAUCCAUAUCCAAAUUCCAGGCAGCCAGGACAAAUGUUUGUGAGGAGUGACAACCAGCUGUACCCGGGGUGGAGAUACCCUGGCCCAAGAGAAGCUUCAUUGUUGCUGCUGUUGAGUAGGAAAUGCCAUCAAAGGCACACAAAGGACCCCCUCACUCCAUGUUCAGCAGUUUCUGAUGGCAGGUCUGAGGAUCCCUCAGCCUGAGGGACAGGAGGUGAUGUCCCCUUUGAUCUCAGUAGCUUUCAGCUCCUCACCAUCUUUAAGUUUCUCUGUCACAUUAAAAUGAACUAUAUUUGGAAGAAAAAGGAGCCACGUUUCUUGGUGUUCUUUAGGGACUUUCUUGAUGUUCUCUAGGGACCACCAAACUCACCGUUUGCUGGGAGGGCAACCGUUUGAGAGCGGCCUCCUCUUUUCCUGUCUCAGGGAUGUAGAUGAACCAAAUCUCUUGGUUCCUGUGUUGGGGCAGGUUUCAUCUCUGAAAUGGGAUCUCUGCACUGGGAGAUAAUAUUUGCCUUAUAUUCAAUUUAUAUGCUCACCUAUGAAGUCUCUGACCUCAUUUCAGGACGGGAUACAUUGGGCUUAUCCAACAUGGCAGAGUUUGUUAGUGUUAAGAAAUGUAGGAUUUAUUUGACAGAUUUUCUGCAAUGUUUUGGGAUGGGAACAUGCAGAUUCCUCAUCCUGUCUGGCCAACAGGUGUGAUUGCUCAGAAUGGUAGAAUAACAUAAGCUAGAGUUCUGUGCAAAGUUAAGGAAAGGUGAAAGCAGGUAUUAAAUUAUUUUCACAGUAUUUUGUAAAAAAAUCCCCACCAUAGUGGCAUCCGAGGCUGUCAUUUUCUAUUCUCUUGAAACAAGCAGGAAAAAAGAAUAGCCAGCUGUCUACCAUGAAUUGAUGUUUUUAAAAUUGGGUUUUGUGAAAAGCAAUAGUAAAAUAAGAGCUUGAUCAUGCAGAAACAAAGCCUGGGGACACCGAUAGGAAAUGGUGAGAUAUUUCUCCAGACUAAUCAUGGGGAUUUCAAUCUCUUUUUAGUGAGGUUCUAAUUUGCACCCGGGAAAUAGGACAUUAAUCAAUGAUCCAUGCUUUGUGAUCGUAGGAAGAAGGCAGCAUGAAGUGGCAAUUUCUAGUGACUGAUCAUGUAGAAAUGAUUGCUUCUUCUGAAUUUAGAAUUAAUAACAUGCUCUUUCUCCAGCUGAAAGUAAUUGCGGUCGAUGAACAGUUGAGAGUCAUCCAUGAGGACAAUAUUAAUUUUGACAAAGAUCUCCCGGAAUUUGGCACUCAAGGUGGUGUUUAUGUACACGAUGACAGAUUAUCUGUGUCUUCUCCUGUGUUAAUGUGGGUCAAGGCCCUGGAUCUGAUUUUGGAAAAGAUGAAGUCUGCGGGCUUUAAUUUCUCCACUGUAAAAGCUUUGUCUGGAGCUGGGCAGCAACAUGGAAGUGUCUAUUGGAAAGAAGGAGCGAGCUCUGUUUUGCAGAAUUUAUCACCUGCUCUUCCUUUACAUCAGUCACUGAAGCAGAGUUGUUUUUCUGUCAGCACCAGUCCAGUUUGGAUGGAUUCCAGCACAAGUGCCCAGUGUAGUUCUCUGGAAAAAAGUGUUGGUGGGGCUCAGAAACUAGCUGACAUCACUGGCUCCCGAGCUUAUGAGCGUUUUACAGGAAACCAGAUAGCGAAGAUUUACAGCCAGAAUCCUGAAGUCUAUUCACAAACUGAGAGAAUUUCCUUGGUCAGCAGCUUUGCAGCCUCCCUUUUCCUGGGUGCUUAUGCUCCCAUAGAUUAUAGUGAUGGAUCUGGCAUGAACUUAUUGCAGAUCCAGGAAAAAGUUUGGAAUCCAGCCUGCCUUGAUGCUUGUGCACCCCAGUUAGGAAAAAAACUGGGCCAACCUGUGCCCUCCAGCAAAAUACUGGGUUUAAUUUCACCAUAUUACACUGAACGCUUUGGAUUUAAUCCUGCCUGCAAAAUAGUUGCAUUUACUGGGGACAAUCCAGCAUCUCUGGCUGGAAUGAGACUUGCGAAAGGAGACAUUGCGAUUAGCCUUGGCACUAGCGAUACCUUGUUUCUCUGGAUUCAAGAGCCAAAGCCUGCUUUGGAAGGUCACAUUCUCUGUAAUCCAGUUGAUUCACAAGCAUAUAUGGCCCUCCUUUGCUACAAGAAUGGUUCCUUGAUGAGAGAGAAGGUCCGAGAUGAGCGUGCUUUGGGUUCAUGGGAAGAAUUCUCCAAAGCUCUUGUAUCAACAGCUGCUGGAAAUGGUGGAAAUGUGGGUUUCUAUUUUGAUGUGAUGGAAAUUACACCAGAAGCUGUGGGAAUUCACAGGUUCGACACCCACAAAGUCCAGACACCAACAUUCCCAAAGGAAGUGGAAAUACGGGCCUUGAUUGAAGGACAGUUCAUGGCCAAAAGGAUCCAUGCAGAGAAGCUGGGAUAUAAAAUCUUGCCAACCACAAAAAUCCUGGCUACUGGUGGGGCAUCCCAUAAUAAGGCAAUCUUACAAGUCCUGUCCGAUGUGUUCAGUGUUCCAGUGUACACUAUUGACACUGCUAAUUCAGCCUGUUUAGGUUCCGCUUACAGGGCAAUCCAUGGACUUGUGGCAGAGACGAGCGUGCCCUUGACCGAUGUUGUGAAAUCAGCACCAGGGCCCCGAUUAGCAGCUACUCCAACAGCAGGCGCAGCUCAGGUCUACCAACCCUUACUUAAAAGAUACAUGGAACUUGAGCAGGAAGUGCUGAAUAAGCCAAAAUAGCAUCUUCUAAGAGAAUCUAUCAAUAAUGGAUUACGUGAAAAGCAUACGGAAGAAUGAAAGAAACUGGACCCACAAUUGUGUGAAACAUUCCUUAAUUUUGUAAUUUAAAUUGAACUGUGGAAUAAAUGCUGCGCUUGUUCUGUUUAUCACGGUCCACCACAAGUGGUCCUUCAACAUCCAUGCACAACUCUAGUGCACUUCAAGCAAAGAUUUUGCACAGUUUCAAAUUAGCUUUGGACUUACCUGAUCAGAUGAUGUUUGCUCGUUUUGAGAGCUUGGUGUUUUGAAACCAGAGCAAAGCGGUUCCUUUCUUUUUCAUUUUUUUUUUCAAUUUGCAAGUUCUACAGGCAGAUCGUUUGCCUCUCUCGCUCUCCCAGGCUGAACUGAGCUAUUCCAUUUCAAGGCAGUUGCUAGAAAAAAUAAAUUUGCAGCCCAACUCAACCCCUGCUGCAUUUUAAAGUGGGAUUUCUGGAGCCUGACUGCCCUGUAUCCCCCACUCCAGGGACAGGCAACUAUGGUUAGAAGUAUUAGGAAAUGUAUCUACUGCAAACAUACUGUUUUAUUGUUAUUAUAUCUUCCCAUGCUUUUAAAUCCUACUGAGGGAUAAUGCCAAGGCAGCUUGUACAACUGUAGCUCACCUAACCUCCUACCGUACCAACAGGCAGGAAGCGGAAAGCAUUAGCAAUUUCUUUAAUUUCUAAUUUUUUUGAGCGGAGAAGGGAUUUUUAUUGCUCCUGGAGUUGUAGCAGCUCUGGGUGGGGCAGUGAUUGUAUGAUGCUUUUUAAUGCUCUCCUCCUGGCCAUUUUGGUGUUGGAGAAGAUUCCUGAGAAUACCGUGGACAGUCAAGAAAAUAAAUGGAUGGAUCAUCAAAUAAAUCAACUCAGAGUUCUCA